GAGUUGAACGGUUGUGCUUGUGAACUGUAUUGAUCUGGUUUCGUGAGUUAACAAAGUGAUCACGUGGAUAAUAAGAUAAUAAUAUACUGAAACUUGGCUAAGCCAAAUAAAGAUAUCGAGGAUUGUACUUUUAAGGUUGGAAGUCCAAUUGAAUGCAAAACUUAAUCGGAGUUUAAUCAUGAUAGCAAUGCUAUCAAGCAAGAUGAUUGUAAAGGCCCAAUGUAAAGAUAACCUUGAAUCGUCAGGGAGACACGAAACGAGAAGAAUGGCCGAAUUCCACGGGUCCUGGAAAUACGUUUCGGCGGACAACUUCGACAACUAUCUCAAAGAAAUUGGCGUGAACGUGGUUCUUCGAAAAUUGGCAGUGUUGGCCUCUCCCACUGUGAUAUUUGGCAUCGAAAAUGAAUCUGAGAACCAGGCCAACCCCACUUGGUUCAUGAGGACGGAAACGGCAGUGAAGAACGCUAUUGCUCGCUUCAAACUGAACGAAACUUUCAAGGAGACAACAAUCGAUGACCGCAAAGUGGACAGUGAGUUCAGUAUUGAGAAAGAGGCCUUGAUCCAACGGCAAAAGGACGCUAAAGGUCAGGUUUCAGUGAUCAAGCGUGAGCUCGCUGAAAAUGGAACCAUCAUGCAUGUCACCAUCACUGUUAACCGUGUCGUCAGUACUGCAUUGUUUAAGAAGAUUUACAAGUGAAUAAACAAAGGAUUUGUUGAAAAUGCA